CGCGGGCUGGCAUGGCACUCGUCUCCUGGCCGCAACUUGGCCUCAGGACUCGAGUGCCGUGCGUGUGUGCCGCUUGACUGCAAAGCUUGCGACAAAGUCGUGUUGAUGUUUGUCCUUUGGUCAACGAUGUUUGCGCGGCUGCCUGAGGGGGAGCAGAGCGGCAGGCGGGGGUUGCGGUUGUGGUUACCCAAGCGUGGUGUUCGCGGACUCGGUCGGUGUGUUGGACCAGUGCAAACCCACACGCGCGUUCAUCUUGCCAUGUCUGGAAAUGGUUGCUGCAGAGGUGAGAUUCCGAGCCCCGCCGCAUGUGGUUUGAGCCGAUCGGGAGGUAAAAUAGUGGAGAAACGGCGUUUUGUGUUGUACGUGCAGUUUACCGUACUUGACUCUUCUCAUGUUUCGGAACGCUGACACAGUUAUUUUAUUUUUUUGCUGAGCGUCAUUGCAUCUACUUAACGCGCCCUGGCGACUGGCAAAUCCCUCGUUUAAGUUCUGACUGAGAGCAGCCAUGAAUGCUGCCGAACUUCAGCAAAAAUGCUUGGCCUUGGAGUCGGAGUUGCGCGACAAGGAAAGCGAAUUAGCGACGUUAAGGGAGCUUGCGCAAGACCUUUCGCAAGAUAUACAAGCAGCAAAAAUUAUCGAACUAUCAAAAAAGAAUCGUAUCCUCAACCUGGCAUUGGAGCGCGAAAAGCAGCGAUCGUCAAAGCUGCAAGCCGACCUUGCUGCCGGGGGUGGCAGCAGCGGCCGGCCAUCUUCGAGCAGCGGAGCUGGCGCUGCUCCACCCGUCGAGGCCAUCGAGGAGGUGGCUCGGAGCAUGGUUGAGAAGGCAGCCGAAGCAGCAGAGGCGGCCCAACGUGAGGCAACGCAGUGGAAGGAGAAGUUAUUACAGACGACGAACAAGAUCGCGCAGCUGGAGCAAAAGGUGUUCGCAUUGGAGUCCGAGAACAAGAAGCUCACUCGCGCGCUGGUCCGCGAAGUAGGGGAGGAAGUGCCCCUGUCCAAGAUCCUCGAUGAGGGCGGCGCCGGCGAAUGGAAGGGCCGACGGGAGCAGAUCAUUGCGCUGCGGGACCAGGUGAAGCAGCUCAAGGCGGCUGCGGGUCAGGGCCCGUUGGAGACCCGGCAGGAGGCCGCGGCCAAGGGGGUUAUCAACAAAAUUUCCAAGGAGCGAAACCAGGAAAUGAACCGACUCAAUUUGGAGCUUAUGGCAGUUCGAGGCGAACUGGACGCGCUGAAGCUCAAGUACGACGGUGCCACGUCACGACGAAAGAUUCUGGAGGCUGAGCUGUCCAGUGUCAAGGCGAAGGUGGCGGUCGUACUGGAGAAGACCCAAAUGGACGAUAAACUCAUUGCCGCGCUCAAGACGGAGUUAGCGACGCUGCGGAAGGGCGGGCAGGGCGGUGGCGGGGUUUCGGAGCAGCCCGGCCUCGCCAGGGCCGGCUCCCGCUGCGCCUCCGCCACCGCGCACGACGACGAAGAGCUUUGGCGGGAGCUCGGGGCUUUGCGGCGGCGGGUGGCGGAGCAGGUGGAGCAGAUUGACCGUCAGGAGGCGAUCAUAUUGGCACUGCAGCAGCGAGCGUCGGCGGCGUCAACGCCAACGGCAGGGCCAGGGCGGCCGGGCAGCGGGAGCCGACCAGGAAGUGGAGGCCAGGCGGGUGGUGGCGGGCGGGGAGGAGCGCAUUGGGACAGCCCUGCGGAACAACAGCUACGGCUGCUGGAGCUCUUGGGCAUCGAGCGGGGGGCAGACAGUACUGAAAUUGGCAAAGCUUACCGAGUGAAGAAGUAUGAGCAUAGAUUCAACCCAGACAUGCUUCAGAAGGUGGAAUCAGCACACAGCAACAUAAUGCUUUCACAGCUGAACGCGCGCAUGAAGGGAAAAGGCGUUAGCAAGUCCGUUGCAUAUGCUGACCAAGAGCCCCUGUUCCCGUGGCGACCAAAGCGCUGGGAUGCGACUCCAAAGGUCAUCAUGGUCAUUGGCGCUAUGCAGCUGGGGAUGGUGGCAUACGGCUUUCAGCAACCCGCACUCAACUUGGCCGUCUUUAGCGGGCUCAUCGGCAUUGCGGGCAAUGUGAUGAAGCAGAACGCUAUCCUUCCACCCCCCAAGGACCCGGACAUGGCCACGGAGGAGGAAGCCGGCCGCUCCGGCCGGAACUUUGCCCGUGGCUUGCUGCUGGGCGUCCUCGCAACCUUUGCCGGCAUGCUGGUGUUCAGUCUGCCGGAGAUCUUGGUGCAGAAGUUCAAGCUUACGUUGCCCAUCAUCCCGGGCAUCCCCAACAUCAUUGUCUCCAUGAAGAUUGUCGGCGCCGCAUUGUUCAACUGGGUCAUGACGGCAUUCUACUACUAAAUUAAAAAGAUUUUGCAGAGGGUGGGCGUCGCCGGGGUUCGAACAAUAGACUUCCGGAAGGACGACGCACUGUGUCGACGCGACUGAGUGAGAAAAAAAAAUGGAUUUUUGGGAGGACGGGCUGGAAUCAAGUGCUACUAUCGGGGACUUAUACACUGAAAAAGAGCGGGUGGAUGGGUAGGUAGUAAGACCCUUAAUGUGGCGCUCGACUUGAAUGCCGGUAGUAGUUCAGAGUAAUGGGACAUGUUCUGCUGCUUCCGCCGCCCUGCAACAUGAGUGGGCUUCCGCCCAGGCAGGGCAUCAAUCAUUCGGUUGGCUCGGUUGGUGCGUUUGUUGGUGCCGCGAUAGCGGCGGCAGGGACCCGUUGGGACUCUUGUAAAACGGGGCGGCAGCACACCUGCACCCCGGACCGCGGUGGCAUGCGUGGGUUGCCUUCAGUGGCGGGUGAGAGUGUGUGUGUGUGUGUGUGUGUGUGUGUGUGUGUGUGCCAUAACAGCACCAUUGGGGAUAGGGGCCCGGUGUAGCGAGCAAUGGAGCAUGGAACAGUUACACGACUUCUGGUGCUAAUCCUACCGUUAUACCGAUAACAUCGUCCGUCGAUGUAGCAGCCGAGCCUAGCUGGACAGCGAUUGCGACAUGACGGUGCGCUCCUGUUUGCGCGACAGUUAUUCUUUGAUGCCCCCGCCUAGAUGGAUGUGCGUGCAGCGGCCGGGCUGCUGGAACAGGACUCUGUUGUUGCUACUGCUGCCGCUGCAGCAACUGCAAAAUCGGUGUCGCAUGGCGGAAACGGCUCUCAAGGUCCCGGAGUUCUUCAUCAUCAACGGGUUUUGCCGAGGCAGUGAAGGAACGGCUGCAAGCUGAUCAGCGCAAAAAAACCCUUAGAUACUCUUAGGCUCUGGAUUUCUUCCUGGGGCCUUGGGUCUUGCGCAUGCGCGCUUGGGCUGAGGUGCGUUAGAGUUCGUGGCGUUCGCUCAUUGUGUCGUCAGUCCUUUGCGUUCUCGUGGCAAGAAGAUGGCCGCGCAGCGCUGGCCAUUUGUCCGAAAGCAACGACGACCCCGGUGACCCAGUUACGUGGGAGGUGCAGAGUAGAGUAACAGCGAUUGAAUGCCUGUUGCGCAGGCGCUGUGCUUGAUGUAACGACCUGUCGUG